CUCUGUACUUUCUAUCAUCGAUCAUGGCCUCAUUCUUCGGUGGUGGUGCUGCCGGCGGCGGCGGUGGGAGCGGUGUUCAGGACCAGCAGCAACGUAAGGACCAGUUGAAGCAGCAGAUUCAGGUCGAACUCGCCACGGCGAAUGCGCAGAUGCUCAUCAACAAGAUGAACGAGCAUUGUUUCGAAAAAUGCGUCACCAAACCCUCUACCUCGCUCGGAUCCUCCGAGCAAGCUUGCCUCUCAAGGUGUACAGCUCUUUACGCCCAGGCGUUCGACCAUAUCUCGCAGAAAUACUAUCAACGAGUGAUGAAAGAGGCUAGUAGCACACCAGAGGCUUCAUUGGAAGCUCAGAGACUAUAGUGUUGGCAUAGGAGGAGAUAUGUAGCAUAAUUGCAAUAAAUUCGCAUGGAUAUCAUCGCUCAGUC